AUGAAGAGAGGGAUGACAGUGUCCCCGUACAUUGAGCCGGGGGCCAAGUGGUUUGAGCGCAAAUUUGCUGAUCGGAAGGUCCGUGGUUCGAACCUGACCUCUGCCUCUCUACUUCCCUUAUCUAGGCUUGGGCGACCUGGCAGUAUCCCAGCUCUCGUGCCUCCUUCGUGUGGCACGGCAGCUAGGCACCGAAAGGGUACCACAGCUGAACGAUCUUUUUUUAUUUUUUUGUGGUGUAACCCGCAGAAUGUAUAA